AUGGUUGAGAUAAGCUUCUGGUGCAGUUGUCUAGCUUUCAUUAUGAUCGAGACUGUUCGCAAGGACUUCCAUCAAAUGUUCUUUCACCAUCUUAUUACUAUCAGUUUGAUGAUGGGCAGUUUCUAUGUCCGCCAUCAUCGUAUCGGUCUGAUCGUUAUCUUCCUCCACAACAUCAGUGACGUCCCUCUCUACGUCGCAAAGUCGUUGAGCUAUCUCGCUGAGAAAUAUGAGAGGUUGAAAAAGAUAACGGAUCUCGCCUUUGUGAACUUCGUCCUCGGCUUCUUUUUCUUGAGGCUCUAUGUGUACCCCAGGAUAUGUGUCAUUCCUGCCUGUACUUUUGCUAUUGUAUACAAACGGCCGUUGAAUGAUUGUGUCCUGGCGUUAUUUCUAGUGCUGUUGCAAUGCCUACAUAUCCUUUGGGCUAGCAUGAUUAUCAAGAUGAUUUUCAAGACGAUCAAAAACCAUACUGUUGUCGCGGAAGGUGAUAUUCGCAGUGAUGAUGAAGAGAUCCCGCCAAAGGGAAAGAAGCCCGUCGCUCACAAACGGAAAGUACAGUAA